CCGGCGACCCGAUUUUCCUUGAAAAAAAUAAUGCAAUUCACAGUUAUACCAGCACCCGCACAAAAAUCGGGCAGAUAAUAUAUACAUAUGCUGAAAUCCGCGAGCCAAAACAGCUGCUAUGACCGAAAAAUCUGGCGAUUCUUCAGUUUGCUCAUUUCUUUUGUUAUAGUUUCGCACCUCUGAGAAAGCCAAAGAAAAUUGAGGAAAACUAUCAAGAGGAAGCAGACAGCGACGGGAAAGCAGAGCAAAACAAAGCGACAUAGCUUUUGUUUUCCUUGAUUACAGCACACACACCCACACAAAAAUGCAAAAUUGGUUGGCUUCCCACGAUGGUGAUGAGGAUGCGAUGGCGGCACCUUCAUCCUGUCCUGCUUCCUCGGAGAACGGUAACCGGUUGGGAUCCCGCCGGAUCUUUGGCGAUAUAACCACCAACAGGCUUUGGACAUUUCGGGUUCUGAUGAACCAGGAACUAGCUGCCAACGAGCAACUGGCGAUUGUGGGGAAUUGCGAGGCCCUGGGGAAUUGGCAGCACUCGGGAGCGGCUCUUUUGGCUAAGGAGGACGAAGAUGAGGAUAGCAAUCUCUGGAUAGGAGAGGUUUAUGUCCCCCGUCACUGCGACACGGAAUAUCGCUAUAUGGUCUGUGCCGUAGAUCCGAGCACGGAGCAUCUGAUGGUUCGCCGUUGGGAGACCCAAUUACAGCCUCGUAUUAUCAAGGAACUCGAUGAGCAACCUGCCAAGAAUCACACGGAUAUAUUUGGCUCCAUUAAUGGCCAGGAGAAGGUGGACCGGGGCUGGCUGACCAAAGAGACUGUGGUUCAGCUCAAGUUCUUUUACGCCCCGUUUACGUUUAAGCAGCGCAUGAAAAGAAGACACAUACAUGUCAAGGUAACGCCCAUGAACCUGAGUAUUCCGAGUGCCAAUUGCGAGUCGGUGACCCCCGUUUCCCCUUUGGAGGAUUCCCUAUCGAAUGACACCCAUGACACCAAGGAAAACGGUGGAGAAUCAUCCGCAGCCUUUGGCUUCAGCGAGGUGGUCACAUUGAGUGCCGAUGAGUGCGAAAUCAGAAGUCAAGAGCAAUUCGGUACUGCCUGUGGAGCCACCGAUUUGGUUAUAUUUCACCUGACCGUGGGAGACUUUGAGAGCACGGCCUAUCUGAUUGAUUUGUAUAGCUACAGCUCGCGAGUGGCCAAAGAAGAUGGUCCACCGAAUCAUCUGGGCUAUCAUUAUGUGCUACCGAAUCUUUUCAAGCGUUCUGAAGGCAAUUUGGAGCUACCAAUAACCUGUGCCAAGGGCCAUCGACCUUUGGGAAUGAUGCGUCUUGGCUAUCUUAUCGUGAAGCCAUCUUCGCAGUGUGCACACAUGGAUAUGAGUGUCAGUUAUGCCCGAUAUUGGAACAACAAGUGGACGGGACUGGAUGUGGGACACCGUGGUUCGGGAACCAGCUUCAAAGCCAAAGAUGCUGUGAUUCGAGAGAAUACCAUAACGUCUUUAAAGAAUGCUGCUGAUCAUGGUGCCGAUAUGGUGGAGUUUGAUGUGCAACUGAGCAAGGAUCUGGUACCGGUGGUUUAUCACGAUUUCAUGAUCUACGUCUCUCUGAAGUCGAAGUGUAGUAUGCAGGAGCACGAUUUCCUGGCCUUGCCAAUGAGAGAGUUAUCCCUGGAGCAGUUAAAGAAACUAAAGGUCUACCAUAUAGCCGAGGGGCUGUCCAGGGAAACGCGCUCUUUUCACAACGAUGACUUACUGGAGCACCAACCCUUUCCCCAGCUGUCUGAUGUUCUUGAUGCCCUGGAUGUUCAUGUUGGUUUUAAUAUUGAAAUCAAGUGGUCCCAACGGCUAGAGGACGGCAAAAUGGAGGAGGAAUUCGAACAUGUGGUGGAUAGAAAUCUCUAUAUUGAUUGCAUACUGGAUGUGAUUCUCCGAAAGGCAGGGAAUCGUAGGAUUGUCUUAAGUUGUUUCGAUCCUGACAUCUGCACCAUUCUGAGAUUCAAGCAAAAUAGAUAUCCCGUCAUGUUUCUAACCCUUGGAAGGACUACGAAAUAUCAGCAGUAUAUGGACCCCAGGGGAAACUCCAUGGAACUGGCCGUUUGGCAUGCGGUGGCCAUGGAGCUCCUGGGCGUUGUGGCUCACACCGAGGACUUGCUGCGAGACCCUAGUCAGGUAAAUCUGGCCAAGGAGCGCGGCUUGGUACUGUUCUGCUGGGGUGACGACAACAACUCCAAGGAUACCAUUAAGCUGCUUAAGGAGCUCGGUCUGCAUGCCAUCAUCUACGACAAAAUGGAUGUCCUAACCACCAAAGAGGUCAAGCAAAGCGUUUUCCACCUUCAGGCCAAGGACAGUCAGAAAGAGCUGCUCAAGCUACAGGCCCUAGAAAUGGGUCAUGUAUGGCACACCUCUGCCGACGGAAACGAGGAACAGCAGGCGUAGGCACUGGAUAUCGGAUCUACUCCACUAUUUUAUACUCAUCUUUAUUUUGGCAAAUACCGCUUUGCUGGGACCAGGACUCAUCUGAUUCCCACAUCUGCCUUUGCCUUUGCUCCAUCUUAUUACCUAGGAAAUUGCAUUUGAUUUUUAUAAAUAGUUUAAGGUACCUCAAAUCUGUAAAACCAAAUAAGGAACCUUUAAAUGUGGCUUUUUUGUUUCCUAAUUUAAUACAACUGCUCUGUACUUCAGUUCUUACGUUCCCAAAACUCUUAUAAAUACAAAUUUCAAGAAAACA